AUGGACCAAUCGCAUUCCAACAGCUCUACAGGUCCCUCAGCUCCGUCGAACAAUGCCCCGCACAAUGCGUCAAGUCAUGUCAACUUCAAUCCUGCCACAGUGCCUCCUACGCAGUACGUUUCUACUAGCGGUGCACAGGCUGCAAAUCCCAGCAUUGGACGAAGUCACGUGCAGCCCUCCAAUGGUUCACAGGUUGCCAGGACGGGCGGUAUAAGCAUGGCAACACCUGGCGCUGCCAUGGCUGUGAACAAUGGCGUCAAUUUGCAGCACCAACACCGCCAGCAGCAGCAGCACCACCAACACCACCACCAACAUCAAACCAACAAGGCUCCUCAACACAUGCAACAAAUGAAUGCGAAUGGCAAUAGCAGGCCAACGCCACAGAGUGCUGCUUAUGCUGCUUCUAUGGCCCAGCAGCAGCAACAACAGCAACAGCAACAACGUCAUUUGCAACAGCAACGCCAGCUUCAUCCGCCGCAGCAACAUCUUCGACAGGAAUAUCAACAACAGCUUCAACACCGACAACGUCAAAUAAAUCAACUAAGACAAAGGCAGCCCAAUCCUGCUGCAAUGCAAGCUUCGGCGAGAGGUGCUCAAGCCAGCUGGAAGAAUGUACCAAAUCCUUUAAUGGGUGGCGCACCAGGAUCUCGACCAAUGCCAGCAGGAGCUACGCCUCAGGGAUAUCCACAACAAUAUGCAGCAUCCAAUGCACAGCAAUCCCAGCAGGUAGCGGCGCAGCAGCGAAUGGCUGCACAACAAGUAGCCCAAGCUCGAGCAAACUACUCCAAUCAAGUGCAGCCACAAGCUCCAAAACCAGCUGCGAACAAGGCUCCCAAAGUCACUCUCAGUGCAGAAGCCAAGAAUGCGUUGGCCAAGGCCAUUUGGUCGGCUAUUAAGUCGCCCACUGGCCAGAUUGCUCCCCAGCUCAUGCAAGCAGCAUUGGCGACUGGACUUCCACGUAGCGCUAUUGAAAAUGCUGCCCAAGUGGCUCGUAGUCGGGAGUCCAUGAAGCACAAGAAUGCCAAGGCGGCUGCCUCCACGGUUCCAGUUCGACCAGUUGCAAGUGGGUACAAUCCAGCAGCCAGGGUGGGCUAUGCUCAACCCAAUGUACAUCCUGCUCAUGUCCCAUAUGGCAAGCCAGGAAUGCAACAACCUCAUGCUGGGCACAUGUCCAUGGUUAACAAACCCAAACCACCACCGACUCCUCUGCAAAUCCAAACGGCACGGAUGAUGCAGCUUCGUAAUGAAGAAAGGACCAAGUGGAGACGAGUCCACCAAGGUAUCUUUACAGUUCAAAAGGGCAAAUAUCUGGCACCUGCUCAUACGGUCACGGGCAUUCUGAGAACCCAUCAAAGUAUGGCGGUGAUACCACCACAUAAGCCCAAACCUCAAGCGAAUCGCAAAAGACCUCGAGCAGAAGUGCUUCAAGAAGCCAUUCGAAUUCAACAAACGCUGCGCAAGAACAUGUUGAAAGCUACUCCACUACUCGAGCCUGAACGUUUCAAACGCGUAAAGAUGGAACCCAAAAAGUUUGCCAAGGCUUUGGAUCGACAAGCUCGCAAGACGAGGCAACUGGCAGCAGAGGCGCUCAACAAGCAACACAAGGAAUUCUCCAAGGCUAUUGGAAGUCACCAACAAGAUUUUUUCAAGUUUCAUAAGCAGCGCAAGUCAGAUGCUUUGAAGUUAGCCAAGUUGAUUCGGGACAACAUGGACAAGGAGAGCAGAAAGAAGGACAAGGACGCAGCCGCCGCUGAACGAGCUCGUUUGGCUGCACUCAAGGCCAAUGAUAUGGAUGCUUAUUCCAAACUAUUGGAAGAGACCAAGAACGAGCGUUUGAAAUUUCUUAUGGACAAGACGGAACGUCACUUUUCCCAAAUUUCCACCAGUUUGUUGCAGUCUCGUAAUCAGGAUGCAGGAGAGUCCACGUCCGGUGGUACGGCUUCGUACUAUGCUUCAGCGCAUUUGAAGACGGAAGAAGUCCGGCAACCAAGUAUCUUGGUUGGUGGUGACUUGAAGGAAUAUCAAUUGUCGGGUCUGCAGUGGAUGGUUUCGUUGUACAACAACAAACUCAAUGGUAUUUUGGCUGAUGAGAUGGGAUUGGGUAAAACCAUUCAAGCUAUUUCGUUGAUUGGCUAUUUGAUGGAGUUCAAAAACAACCUUGGUCCUUACCUUGUCAUUGUUCCGCUUUCGACCCUUUCCAACUGGACGAACGAGUUUGCAAAGUGGUGCCCAUCAGCACAUGUGAUUUGUUAUAAGGGGACACCGGCGCAGCGAAAAGAGCUGUACAAGGAUCAAGUUCGAAAUGGCCACUUCAACGUUCUCUUGACAACCUAUGAGUACAUCAUCAAAGACAAGUCUAGUCUUCGCAAGAUCACGUGGCAGUAUGCCAUUGUUGAUGAAGGUCAUCGCAUGAAGAAUGCUGCCUCUAAAUUUGCAAAGACGUUGUCAACACAAUACGAAACCAGGUAUCGACUGCUGCUGACAGGAACUCCACUCAUGAACGAUCUCGGUGAACUUUGGUCGUUGCUGAACUUUUUGUUGCCCGUAAUUUUUAAUUCUGUGGACACUUUUGACCAGUGGUUCAAUAAACCAUUUUCACAAUUUGGAAACGAGAAAGAAGCCAACAAUGACGAUGCCAACCUUUUGUCCAACGAAGAGAGAAUGUUCAUCAUUCACCGUCUUCAUGAGUUGCUCCGUCCGUUCAUGCUUCGUCGUGUCAAAAGCGAAGUGUUAGAUCAACUGCCUGAAAAGGUGGAGAAAAUACUCCGAUGCGAGUUGUCCUCUUGGCAGAAGGAACUCUACAAACAAAUCAGUCAAAAGGCUGUAGCAGAAAAUAGCACUCUUGUCGAACAGGGUAGUUCUCGUGGUUUGAACAAUGUUGUCAUGCAGCUUCGAAAGGUUUGCAACCACCCAUACCUAUUUUCACCACAAGGAUAUCAUAUCAACGAGAAUAUUAUUCGAUCCUCCACCAAGUUUGAGCUUUUGGAUCGAAUGCUCCCAAAGCUUAGAGCAGCAGGGCAUCGAGUUUUGAUGUUUACGCAGAUGACAGCUGUCAUGACAAUCUUGGAGGAUUAUUUUCACUAUCGAAAUUACAUGUCACUUCGACUGGAUGGUUCAACACCAGCCGAAGAACGUGAAAAGAGAAUGUACAAAUUCAAUGCUCCCGAUUCGCCAUAUUUCAUCUUUUUGCUGUCCACGAGAGCUGGUGGUCUUGGUUUGAACUUGACUGCUGCCAACACUGUCGUUAUCUUUGACAGCGACUGGAAUCCAAUGAUGGAUUUGCAGGCACAGGAUCGUGCUCAUCGUAUUGGACAGCGUAGUGAUGUCAGCGUAUUCCGUUUGAUAACUUAUUCUCCUGUGGAAGAAAAGAUUUUGAGCCGUGCUACUGAAAAGCUCAACAUGAGUGAAUUGGUCGUCGAAGCUGGCCAAUUUGACAAGCGUAGUGUAGAGAAUGAUAACAGUCUCGAGCGAAAGAAAAUGAUGGAAGUUUUGCUAACUGAUUUCAGUUCCAACAAAGCGGAUGAAAAGAUUACGUCGGAUCUUGCACCAUCGGACGAUGAAGAUGACGACCUUGACGAGGAUGACGAAAAGGAGGAGGAAGACUUGAAUGAUCUUCUCAGCAACAACGAGAGUGAUUAUCAGCUUUACCGUUCGUUUGACAAUCAGAAGACGGAGGAGGCUGUUGUCGAUUCCAGCUUGUUCACAUCAGAGCAUGAUGUGCCAGACUGGAUCAAGUAUCCACCAAAGACCAAAGCGAACUCCAUCAGUGAUGCCAAUCCACUCAUGGAUGACAUCCCCAGAAAGAGGAAAGAGGUUGUUUACGAUGAUGGUCUGACUGAGAAACAGUUUAUGCGCAUGAUGGAUAAACAGUUCGAUGGCGAGACUGCUGCUCGUGAGGAAGCAAAGGCAACACGUCGCGAUGAAAGUGGCAGUGCCAACACAACCGGUGCUACACUCCCUACUACAACCACUGAUCUUACUGACUGGACUUUCCGAAAGCUUAUUUCAUGCACGAAAUCCGUCAUCGCACUCAAGGACCCAACUACAAAACGACGACUAUCCGACAUCUUUAUUGAAAAACCUUCACCUGAGCAGUUCCCUGACUACUACGAGCUCAUUCAGAAACCGAUCGCGAUCAACGAUAUUCUUCGAAAGUGCAGAGGGAAGCUCUAUGCGGAUGUGCAAGAAUACAGAGAUGACUGGAAACUCAUGGUUGGAAAUGCAACCAAAUUCAAUGGGGAUGGAUCAUGGGUUGUGGAAGAUGGCAAGGCUCUCGUCAAAGAGCUGGAACGUGUCUUGAAAAAGAAUGGACUCAAUGAUGAAAUGGUUCCUUCCAAAGCGAAAGCGACUCCGCCAAAGCCCCCAAAGAAGAAACUAAGAAUCAAACUGUCGCUCAAGAAGACCGUGAAGGCAAACGACGCGCCCAAUGGUGACGAGAGUUCGGACCCACCGAGUUCGGAUGGAAUGCAACAAACUCCAGGUAAGAAGCGGAGUAAGAAACGCAAGAAAUAG